AGGCUGUGGUCACAGAGUGUCCUGGUCACUGCGUCAGGCUGUACCUCCUCACGGUCCCUCUCUCUGCAGGCCGGCCGGAGGGACUCCCGGCCCUCCUCCCCCCUGCACCCCCCCUCGGGGCCCGACCCCCCGCCGCCCCCCCCUCAGCCAGAGAAGGACGCCCCCCCAGCCAAGAAGGUGAAGGUGCGGCCCCCGCCCCUCAAGAAGACGUUCGACUCUGUGGACAAGGUGCUGUCCGAGGUGUACUUCGAGGAGCGCUUCGCCGAGCUGCCCGAGUUCCGGCCCGAGGAGGUGCUGCCCUCGCCCACCCUGCAGAGCCUGGCCACCUCCCCCCGGGCCAUCCUGGGCAGCUACCGCAAGAAGAGGAAGAACUCCACCGACCUGGACUCGUCCACCGAGGACCCGGUGUCCCCGAAGAGGAAGAGCCGGCGGAGAUCCAGCUGCAGCUCCGAGCCCAACACGCCCAAGAGCGCCGCCAAGUGCGAGGGCGACAUCUUCACCUUCGACCGGCCAGGGACAGACUCAGAGGACAUCCUGGGAGAGCUGGAGUUCGACAAGGUGCCAUACUCCUCUCUGCGUCGCACCCUGGACCAGCGCCGCGCCCUCGUCAUGCAGCUCUUCCAAGAGCAUGGCUUCUUCCCCUCUGGUACCUACCACACUCACUCCACCCUCUCAGUGCAGUGUUAAUGUACUGGA